AUGGUUUCUUACUAUCAAAUCGCCGGAAAGCAAGUUGGCUCCCACUACUUAGCUAUGGCAGUUCUCGGUUCGAUGGCUGGACUCGUCACUUUGUCCACUCGUGGUGGAUCUGCUGCAAAGAAGGAGUCAACUCCACCAAUUAACGCCAAAAGUCCAGAUGAGGAGAAAUACAUUAAGGACUUCAUGGCAAGCAUCGAGGGAAGCAAGAAUGGAAACAACGCAGACUCAACCAAGAAGGAUGCCGGAAGAUAA